AUGGCUAAAAAAAAGCAAAAAAAAAGAUCAAUAUGGGUCCACGAAAUAUUAAAAAAACGAAAAAUUGAAGGAGAAUAUGCAACAUUAUGUAAACAGCUGGAAGACCACGAAGAUAAAUUUUUUAAAUAUUUUCGCAUGACGAAAUUUCAAUUUGAUGUUUUAUUUUUGAAAAUCAAGGACAAGAUCACUAAACAGAAUACACCAUUUAGGGAAUCAAUUCCACCUAAGGAAAAACUGGCAGUGUGCUUAAGGUUUUUAGCAACCGGUGAUUCUUACCAAACAAUUUCUUUCAGUUUCCGAUUAGGUCAUUCUACUGUUCAAUCUAUUGUGUUAGAAGUUUGUGAAGCUAUUAUUUCAAAUAUGAAAGAAGAGACUAUGCCCACCCCUAAAAAAGAAGAUUGGGAACGAAUAGCCAAUGAAUUUUGGGAAAUUUGGAAUUUCCCGAAUUGCAUUGGCGCACUGGAUGGCAAGCACGUGGUAAUUGAAGCACCCCCUAACAGCGGAUCAUUGUACUUCAACUAUAAAAAAACAUUUUCCAUUGUAUUACUUGCACUAGUAGAUGCCCAGUAUAGGUUCAUUGCUGUGGAUAUUGGAGCCUAUGGGAAAAACAGCGAUGGUGGUAUUUUGUCACAUUCGAAUAUGGGAAAAGCUCUCGAAAAAAACAAAAUGAAUAUACCAAGUGAUCGUGAACUUCCUGGGACAAAUGAGAAACUUCCGUAUGUUAUUAUAGGUGAUGAGGCAUUCCCACUGAAAAAUUAUUUAUUAAGACCUUACCCAAGUCCCCAAAUAUACGAAGAUGAGCAAAAAAAAGUAUUCAACGAACGGCUUUCAAGGGCGAGAAAAGUUGUUGAAGAUGCUUUUGGACAAAUUACUGCCAAGUUCCGUAUUUACUGUAGACGUCUUAAAGCGUUACCUCAAAACGCAGACAAAAUUGUUAUGACUACUUGCAUUCUUCAUAACUUUAUAAAAAAAGAUGGACCAGAAACUCAAAAUCAUGAACUGCCAUUAAAUUCGACAAGUUUACCUAGUCACAUAAGGUCAUUUCCUCGACAAGGAGGCAGUGCACAAAAACGCGCAUUCGAAUACCGAGAUAAAUAUAAAACAUUUUUUUGUUCUCCAGCUGGACAAUUACAUUGGAAAUAA